UUUCUCUCCAUAACUCACGCGCCAGGGUGUCGGUUGUAUAUAAAAAAAAAAAACCUUGCGAAAGUGACAGUAACAGGUUGUUAAUGAACGGCGAGAUUUAGUGAAAAACUGCAGGUUUUCCACAUCUGUUCGCGAAAACUUGGGUAUUGUUAGUAAGUGUAACGCUUACAGACAUAAACCGUGACACACGGAGACGCAAACAUGGGCGGGGGGUCUUAAAAACACCCGCCUUGAUGUUGUCAUGAGCGGAAAGCAGUCACCGGGUCAGAAAGGCGAUAGGGAAACUUUACAGGUCUGUCCUGAGGAAACCUCGGACACUUUAUUCACGCAGAACCGAAUGGAAACCGAGCCGCUGUUAACCGAACACAGAAAGCGGGACUCGGUUGAUUACGGCUCUCAACAUGACUCUCAUUCCGACUCCCAGUCUGAUUCUAAGGAGGCGAGUCGACUCUCUAAUUCACACAGCAGGGACUCUGUCCAUGUCCAAGACCGUGAUGAAGACCUGUACAUCCAGCAAGCGGUUGUGUUUAUCGAAGAUGCCAUUCAGUAUCGGUCCAUCAAUCACAAGGUUGACUUGAGAUCUUUGAACUUAUACAGAUGGUACUACUCCAGGAUAUGUCAGUGGGGUCUUGGUUUUACCAUUGCUAUAAUUCUGGCUCUGGCCUUUGUGGAGAAACCUUCUUCGAUCACAUACACAUCAGACCCUCGCUUCAGGCCUGAGCCAUGGGAGCCGCCGUGCGGCCUGCCCGAGGCCAUAGAGAUGGUCUGUCUCUGCAUCUUCAUCUUAGACAUAGUAGUCAAGAGCUAUCUGAUUGGAUGGGAGGAAUUCCGUGCGAAUAAAUGGCUGAUCGGCUACGCGCUGGUUAUAGCGGUGUCCGUCAUCGACUGCAUAAUCUCUUUUGCCAUGCUGUGUGAUCCGACCAUACGAGUCAGGAGACUGAUUCGGCCAUUUUUCCUCUUGCAAAAUUCCUCCUUAAUGAAGAAAACUUUAAAAUGCAUCAAGAGGACCAUUCCAGAAAUAGUAAGUGUGUUCUUGCUUCUGGCCCUCCACUUGUGCUUAUUCACCAUGAUUGGGAUGCUGAUCUUCCCCAGAUCUGAGGACUCGUCGAAGAACGGGGAAUGGGAGUUAUACUUCAGAAACCUGCCUAAAGCCUUGUCCUCUCUGCUUGUGCUGCUGACGACUGCUAACAACCCAGACGUGAUGAUUCCUGCGUACUCACUGAAUCGGGGAUAUACCAUAUUUUUUAUACUUUUCAGCGUAUGUGGAACCUACAUCUUGAUGAAUUUACUCACUGCUAUCAUCUACAACCAGUUUCGAGGCUAUUUGCUGAUGUCAGUGCAGGCUUCCAUAUUAAGGAGGCUUUUGGGGAUCAGAGCCGCGUUUAGGGUGCUGUGCUGUCCGGGUCAAAGGCACGACGACAGUUCUGAAGAUUUAAAGAGGGUUCGAGUAGGCACGGUGCUGCAGGUCAUGAGAAAAGUGCAGAUGACAUCAUAUUACAGACAAGCUGUCAUUAAGGCUGCUCAAGAAUUCCCUGAUGGUUUUAUUGAUGGAGAAGCGUUUCAGAGGCUGUUUGAUGAACUGGAUAAGGAGCACAUCAAAGAGCACCCACCGAAUCCACAAUACAGCUCCUCGAUUCUACAGUCAGUCCAGAAAGUGUGCAGUCAUUACUACCUGACCGUGGUGGGAAACGUCGUGGCCCUCACCAACGUCAUCUGUAUCUGCACCAUCUUAGUACUGGAUUCAGAAAAGACUGUAAUCGAGAGGAAUGAUUACUACAUGGAGGUCAUUAAUUGGGCUUUUAUCAUCUACUACCUAAUAGAGAUGAUACUGAAGCUGAUUGCCUUGGGUUGGAAGGGCUACAUCUCUUACAGAAAUAACGUCUUUGAUGGGUUCUUCACCAUCCUUCUGCUGAUCCUUCAGGUUACUAUUUUUGUCGUGUUCAGGAUUACUGAUCCAAAAUCGAUGAUGGGUCAGCUCGGGGGAAUAUCGCUGUGGGAAAUGGUGCGACUGGUCAACAUGCUGAUUGUCUUCCGUUUCCUCAGGAUCAUUCCAGAAAUUAAGUUGAUGGCUCUGGUGGCUAGCACUCUCGUGGACCUUGUGAAAAACCUGCGAGCUUUUGCAGGGAUUCUGUUGGUGGUGUACUAUGUGUAUGCUGUGAUUGGUAUCUGGCUUUUCCAAGGAGCUAUUACUCCUCCGGUCUCAAGUGUGGCCAACUCAAGUAGUGAGAAUAGUACAUCCAACUUCACCAUGGAGUGUGGAUCCUACGAACAGCUGGAGUAUUGGCCAAACAACUUCGAUGACUUUGCUUCAUCUCUAGUUCUGCUCUAUGACGUGAUGGUGGUGAAUAACUGGCAUGUUUUUAUGGACGCCUAUACAAGAUACACCACCGAGUGGUCGAAGGUGUACUUUGUAUCCUGGUGGUUCACCUCGUCUGUCAUGUGGGUCAAUCUGUUUGUUGCGCUCAUUUUGGAGAACUUCACUUACAAAUGGGACAAAAGCCAUGCGAUGAGCGUAUCGGAUGUGGAGAGAACGAGCUAUGAGACCACAGUGCACGUGAUGUUCAGAGAUAAAAUCCAAGAACCCAGUCUUGAAGACCUAGAGAAGCAACUCCAGUGUAUUCCACAUCUCCAUUUUCCUCGCUGGUCGCUUCAAUCACACAGCCCUUAACGGCAGCGACACACACACCUGCUCUUCACCGCAUGUUUACAUUUUAGGUGCGGACGCAUGAAGACUUCCAUGGUCUUGAUGUUGGGGUUGGUACAGAAGACAGUGUCACAUGCUGCUGUUUUCUGUUAAACACAUGUUCGAGACAUGGCACUGCUUUAAAAUUCCAGAGACUUUUUAUUAUUAUUUUUAAAUGUAUUUAUUUUUUAAUUAGUAACGCUCUAGUACUAAACGAUCUCAUUUACGAAAAGGGAAAUUAUACGUUGUUUUUUUUUGCUUGUUUUGAAAUGAAUGCUUUAACUAGAUAAUGACUUUCAUAUACAAGAUGAAUCCAUCCGACCGGGUCUUAGGUUCAAAAAACAGAAAUAAAAGAAAUGAUUCGCAUAAGUCUUCAACCCGCUCGAAUGUUUCCGCAUUAUGUCGUAAUCUAAAACUGAAAGCCGAUUACAUAUCAUGCAGCUAUUAGAUACAAAAUGGUCUACAGCUAUAAAAUGUAAGUCGUCGUAGAUUCUAUUCUAGUGAUAUGAGUUCUGGUGACUAGUCGUGAUUUAUAAACCCGAUUAAAACAAUUCCGGUUUCCGGUUGUAACAAUCCAAAAUAGAGAAAUGGGCAACGGGGAGUGAAAACUUAGCAACGUUGUCUGAAGGGUGAAUUAUGAAUGCCACCACUGUUGUUGCUCUGCUACUUCAUGGUCACUCGACUACUCCUUUACUAGAAGGGAUGUAGAGCUCAAACGAAGGCAGCAGACGUCACGGGCUGGAACAUGUGUGCUGAAAUCACCCUGAAGCUGCUCCAGAAGCUCUUCCAUGCAACCCAGACUGUGUGUUAGUGCUGAGAUGGGAACGGGAAGAUCUGGACAGGUUUGCUGCUGAAAUGUAGAAUUUAUUGUGGUGCUUUAAUACUCAACAAAGCACAAAUGGUGUCACAGCCUUGAAGGAUAGAUGCCUGUCUACAAAGGAAGCGUGUGUGUGUGUGUGUGUAUGUAUAUAGUAGUAUUAAUUACUGGAGCAGUAGAUGGCACAGACACUAUACGUAAAAAUCCUUCCUUGAAACCUUGAGUGUGUGACAGCCUGAGAAAACCCUUCACACUGCCAGUGUCUACUUAACUGUGAAAGCUGCAGGCUUUAAAGUUUCUCUUUUCACAUAUCUCAACCAGAAGUACAGGUUUGAUUUCUACCUAUCUAAUCUGCUUGCUUUUAAACAACAACUCCAGACUCGGCUAGCAAUCUUUGGACUUGGCUAGUCUGAUUCUUUUUACAUCUUUCCAUUAUUUACUGAUACCACAAACACACACACACACACACACACACACACACACACAGAUAUCUUUGAAAAGGUUUUAGAGCCUGAGAAGUGUAGAUAGUUACAGUUGUGUUCAAAAUUAUUCAACCCCAACUGAAAUUGAUUGUUUUGGUCGGUUUGACAUUGAUUUUGAUCAUUCAGUCAUCCUGCUUACAAUUAAAUCAAAGAGGCACGUGUAGGUCAGACAAAUAUAACAUAACAUUUGUAAUGAACGCCUCCUGUGGUACUUUACUGUACGUGUCAUGAAAGUUUUAAUAAUAAUAAUAAUAAUAAUAAUAAUAAUAAUAAUAAUAUAACAAAGCUGAAUAAUAAUAUAUAUAUAUAUAUAUAUAUAAUUAAUUUAAUAUUAAUAUUUAAUAUUAAUAUAAUAUUAAAUAUAAUAUUAUUAUUAUUAUUAUUAUUAUUAUUAUUAUUAUUAUUGAUACACCCUUGUUCAGAUGUGCCAGAUGUUUAUGUACUGCAUCUGUAUCGACUGCAUUAUCUGUAAUGACAAGAAAAUUUGAGAAUGUAAAUGGGUGAAGACAUUGGAUUCAGUGCCUUCUUACAUAACCAUUGCCCCCCCCCCCCCUCAACUUUUCUCUGUUGCUCAAGGAGCAGCUCUUAAAUUCUUUAAAUUCUUAUGAAAUACCGUCACCGUGUUUCAUUUGGUGGAAGAUUUUUCUGAAGACGCUGUCCGUGUGUUUUUCUUUCAAACAGAAGGGUUUAAAAACGAUCUGAAAUCUUUUUUAAAUAUCCGUAAACGCGUGCCUGGAAUCGUCCAACACGAUCCUGAAGCUAAAAAAAAAAGCUUAAAAAAAGUGAAUAUUUUACAACAGUUCAGUGAAAUAUAUUUAUGGUUAUGUAUCCUCAAUUUUGUACCAGCUUAAUUUUUUGUUUUGUUUUUAUUAUUUGUAUUAUUUGUUUUAUUAUUAUAAUUUUUUUGUUUUGUUUUUAUUAUUUUGUGUUUUUUGCAGACCUCCGCACACAAGUUGAGGUGUUGGUUGAUUUGAUUCGUUUCUCAUUUCUCAUUGGCUGCAUACAAUCAUCAGAGCACCGUGUCAGUCUGUCAGUCUGUAUAUAUCCAAUGAAACAUUGCCCGUGUUUUUCAGCCUUAUUUUUACCUACCACAUUUGUACUAUAGACAUGAUAACCAUAAAGCAGAAUAUAAAAGCAGAGCACCCGUAAAUGCUAAAGUUUUUGUGUAAUGGAAACGUAAAGGCGGUUGUUGGGACAGUUAAAAAUAAUAAUUCAUGCCUAAUACUUUAGUUGCAAAUACUCUUAGUUUUUUUUUUUUUUUUAAUCUAGUCACAUUUAUCCCAUUUAUUAUUUCAUAUUAUAAAAUUUCAAUCAAUUCAAUCAACCAAAUAUAAGCUGAUUAAGCAUUUAACAUGUAUUUUGCUGUUUAUGAGAUUUACAUGUUUUUAUUCUCUUGGCAGAUAAUUUAGAUUCCUUUUAGAAAUUACUGCUUAAAUUGAGCAAAACAGAAUAGAACGAGAUCAUUUAGAGCUUAGAUUUUUGUAAAAUAUGUCUAGACUUAAUAAUAUUAGAUCCGGUUUAUCGUAAACUUCUAAUUAGAAAGCGUAGAUACAUUUGACUUAAAGAUAUUUUGUCAGGUGUUAUCAUCACAAUGUAUAACACAAUGUUAAGGACAGCACAAGGACCUUGGAUUGUUUUUUACGGCAUUUGAUUAGUUUCGCUGUCUUUUUUUUUCACAUUCAUGUCACUUCUCUCGUGUUAAUAUAGAACAUUUUACUGUUUGAAUGCAAUGGUAUAGUUUGAAUUCACGCUUUAUAGCUAAUCACCUGCACGUUUUACUUAGUGUCUCUAAAGCAAACACUUCACUUCCUUUCUCAUUUUGUACCUCACACAAAUGCACACACACACACUCGCACACACACACACACACACACGCAUACUCUACACAUACUCUACAAUAUACUUUACAAAUGUGGUAGAUAAUAUUCAAUUGAAAAUGAUUUUAUUUAAUUUCUAUCUUUUCUGAGAAUUCUAGCUUAAGGUAUAAUGGGGCUUUGAAACCCACUGGAUUUGUUCACGGAUACAGUUUUAUAUAUGAAACGAUCAGUAAUAAAAAUAAACCUGUG